AUGAAUAUUCUUAUUCUUGUGGAGACUGCAGUCCUUCUUACUAACAUAAUUUUCAUGGUUUUUACUUGUUCAUGCCUGAAAAUUUUAUCAACUUCAGAAAGUGUACAGUAUUGCCCGAAUUCCCAGUUACCUGAAUUCGACAACAGUGGUUCCGUGAAGCAGUGUUUGCCAGGACGUAAAGGAAUAUGUGCUCCUGGAUAUUCGUGUUACUUUUCUGGCACAAAUUACCAAUGUUGCCCUGCAGAAGAAGAAUUAAAUUCAGAUAACAUACUCGAAUGCCCUUCAACUAGUAUUACAGUACUUACAGAUGCCGGUUUACCCAUCACAUGCGUCCCUACAGUCAAUGACUGCCCGCAGAGUACAAUGCAAUGCACUAAUGUUGGAAAACAUUCGAUAUGUUGUGAAAGGCUGCCAUCUCUUAGUGAGAGAUUCGAUGAUGUUCCUCCAAUGACAGGAUUAAGCUUCCUGGACGGAACAAAUUCACCUGUUGAAUUGAACAAUGAAUUCUUUGAUGCGUCAAAUUUGGAAUGCCCAGAACCAGCUUUCACUAUACUGGAUGGGAAUGGAGAUCCAUUAUCGUGUAAUGAAGAAGAUUGUACCCAUCAAACUGGUCGCUUUUGCUACAAAAUAUUGAACACACCAAUUUGUUGCGAAGGCGAAGAAAGAGCAGUUGGAGAUAACGAAUUACUCACAAAAUUCUUACGAGAAAACAAGCACAGUAAUGAAAAGCAAGCUCAGUGGAACAGUUUCAAGUAUUCUCCCUUGACAUCUACUCAGAAACAACUACAGAAGAAACCAUUAUCGAGUAAUAAUCGUUUACGAUAUAUAUCAAAUAUCAAAGACCAAAGUUCUGUUUUCAACAGUGUGAAUUUCGAGGUAAUUUCUUUGAUACUUUCUACCAGCGAAAUCUAUUCUUGCAUCUUCAAUUUUCCCAUUUCAACGACUCCUUCCACUACUACAACAGAGACUACCAGACUGACAAAGGUAGCAACAACAUCGACAGCAAGCACUGUAACGACAAAAAAAACUCAGCAAUCGUUACUAUCAGUGGAGUCUCAAGAAAUCCCAGUAGAAACGAUUCGGUAUAAACCUCAUAGUGCUGGAGGCUACUCUAUUUCCCGGGCACUGUCAACAAAAACCCAUCAGCUGCCAGAAAAUUUAAAAGCAUUUGCACGAGAUUACCUCCUUGAACAUAUUCGACGUGGAUGGCCCUAUAGUGAAGAAUUCUAUAGAACUUAUGGGAACGCAGAGAUUGAUAAUUCAUUUCUGCUGCUCAUUUACCAAUCGAAAAUUAAAUUUUACAGUUAUGUAACUUUUGCAGUACCAUUCAAUUCUCGAUCCCAACAGCCAGGAGCAGAAGUAAAACGUGAAGCUUCGUAUGAGAAUAAUAUUCGAAUCUUUCUAUUACGGAAGAUCACCAAGUAUGUUUAAUG